AUGCCAAUCGGCGAUGCGAACGCGCGGCUUUUGCUCGCGGUGACGACCAUCGCGUUCGGAAACUUUCUCCGGAGGAUCGGCCUGGUGGACGUGGACGUCGGCAAAUCCCUGCUGAAGGUGUUGUUCAACGCUACCCUCCCGUCCGUGCUGCUGAUGUCGAUCUUCAGCGUCACCUUCGACGCGCAGUCUGCCGCAGUAUCCGCGUGUGCACUUGGUCAGGCUAUCGUACUUUUGAUUGCACAUCUCGCCUUUCGCGGCCAGGGUCGUCCACCCAAGGAACUUGCGCUGCUUGCCGGCUCUUGCGUUGGCGUCAACCUUGGCACCUUCUGCUAUCCAUUAGUUGAGUCAGUUUGGGGAAGUGAGGGGCUCACCAGGGUCGUGCUGUUCGACGCGGUCAACCAGUGGUCGCUGCUCAUCGUGGCGCCGCUCAUCUACGCCUCGAGCAUAGCGGGCGCGUCGUUCUCUCCGGUUAAGGCUUUGGCAAACGUGAAGAAACAGCUCACGAGCCCGUGUCUGCUUGCCAUGUUCACGGCAAUUGCUCUCAGGCUCGCGGGCCUGUCGCUGCCUGAGCCAGUUGCAGCGUUCACGUCUUCACUAGCGCUGGCGAACAAACCCCUCGCGCUGCUCGCACUCGGGAUAUUAUUCGACCCGCAGCUAAACAAAAGUCAGCUCAAGGACAUCGGCACGUUACUUGCGUUGAGGUACGGCGCCUGUCUCCUUCUGGGAGCUGCGGUGAUGGCGACGCUCAGUGUGUCGAUGGGACCCGAGUGCACGGCGGUGGUGCUCGCCGCGCUGAUAUCACCCGUGCCCUUACUGACGGUGACUUACGCAAUGGAGUACGAUUGCGAUAUCAAACUAAGUGCAUCAGCAGUAAACGCAGGAAACUUUUGCUCGUUCGGUUUGCUCCUUGCGGUGGCCAACACAAACCUCACCAAUGCCACGGCCCUGGCUCCCGCAGUAGCGGCAGCUGGGACUGCGCUGGCUCUAGUUGGGGUGUUGGGUGCGCGAGGGAAGUCGGCGAGCAGGGAUCAAGUCACACCGGUGCAGGCAAAUGCAGCGCGCUUUUCACGGCGGCGUUGUGCUCAGGUCCACGACCGGAGGCAGUUGGAAGUGCGCAAGGGGCAUGAUGUUGGAUUCGCAGGGAGUCUUGGUGCGGUGAAUGUUCGCGUGCAAAUUGCAAAGGGUCACGCGAAUGCAUAA